AGAAUAAAAAAUUAUCUAAAUUAAAGAUUUCAGUUCAAAAUAGGAAAUCUAGCACGGCGUCAUUGACCAAGCUGGUUAUCCUACGCAAAAAGUUAAUAUGAUAAAGAACUUCGAAGGAGGUGAUCAAAUACACAGUUUUAGGGAUGCUUUGCAGAUCGCAAUACCGCAAGUUUGAACGAACUUACUAAAAAAAAAAAGUUUUGCGUCACAGUCUGACUGUCACAUUAUUUCUGUUGAAAUUUCUUCCCCUUUUGCAAUCCAGAGCCCUUACGAUGUUGAGCACUGUAGUUGGUUAAUUUCGCUUAUCUUCUUCGUGGAAGUAGGUAGCCUCCGUCCAACCCUGACACCGAGUUUUCAACACUUACCCCCCUUAUUCUAGCAAUUCCACGCCAUUAUUUUGGUCCACACGGUCUGGUCGUCCCCACAUAAGAUGUGCUUGAAACCGGCCAUGCUUCUGAAGUUGUCUUUGCUUUUGCUUCAACCAAUAGUUUUGUCUCUUUUCUCCUCUUUGUCAAACUCUAAUCAUAAAACAAAACAAAAUAAUCGCUGGCAAUUAGCCUCUUAAAACCAAACUUGAUAGACUUACUUACCUCCAAAUGCUUCUCUCCUUUUCUCUUCGUUCUUCUACUCCAGAUGGGUCCUCUCUACUUCUUCAUAUCUCACAAACCUGUUCUCAUUUGUUUCAUUGUCUUCUUCUUCUUCUUCACUAAUUUGGCCGAGGAAUCCCUGUCAGCAGAUCAAAAGUUCCAGGCUUGUGCACCAACAUCCUGUGGCAAAGGCCCCAAUAUAAGCUACCCUUUUCUCUUAUCUAACGUUCAAGAAUCCUUCUGUGGCUACCCACAUUUCAACAUCACUUGUAAGCAAGAAUACCCAGUUCUCAGAAUCUCCAGUGAUGAUUAUAUCAUUAAAGAUAUCUUUUAUAACAAUCAGUCCUUCCUCGUAGCUAGUGCUUUGGUCUAUGAGGAGGAUACAUGUCCAAUUCCUUUGCAUAAUGUGACCCUUGAUCUAGCUCCCUUCAAUAUUAGUCCUGGCUAUAUUGAUUUUUCCUUCUUAUACAAUUGUACCUCAGAGCCUGCAAACUACCCUAUAUAUCCCAUAAGUUGUGCCACCAAUUCUACUGUUUCUUCUUUUGCGGGGUUUCACAUUGAAGAACUGGAGUUAUACUACAGCUAUUCUUUGAACUCAUGCAACUACUUCGUCAAUGCUCCUCUGCACACUGGUAGUGAUGUUUAUAGUUUGUACAAUAAGGAUUAUACUGAGAUUUUGAAGCUGGGGUUCCUCUUGAAUUGGACCGCGCAUAAUUGCAGCACUUGUGCGAGAAGUGGUGGCCGCUGUGGAUUUGAGAAUCAUGAAUUUGUUUGUUUUUGUCAUGAUCAAACUCAUCUCAAUUCCUGUGAUGAUGGUAACUCUUCGCGAAAUUCAAAUUCUUUUUCAUCAGCUUAAAAUUCUUCAUGUUUGUUUUUUCCAUUUGACCUUUUCAAAGAGUAGAGCUUGUCACUCUCAAAGUAGUUGUUGCACCAACCCUAAAUUUGAAAUCGUAGCUUUGAGGAAAAAUUCAUUUCAUUUGAAUGGUUAAAACAUCAUCAAUUUA